AUGUCUGCACUCACUCACUCACAAAAGGUGUUUAGGAUGUACAGGAAAUGUCUCAAGUCGAUUAGAGACUACUCUGAGGACUAUGAUUACUUCUUGGCAAACGCUUCAGACUUGCGUAGCGUACUAAAGUCUCGCAAGGAUGAGACCAACCCAUUCUUGGUCAAGAAGUAUAUGAAGGAGUUUGAGAGCUUCUCAAACUACUGGGAUCAUCCAGAUCCUUACAUUCCAUGUGAUGCCCCAGGUGGAUCAAAGUGGCAAAGGAACAUCCCUCCUCCCCAAUGGGCCGUCAACCCAAAGGGACACUUGUUGAACGAAGAUUAA